CAUUCGACAAAUGCGCAACGCUGUUGUUAUCAUGCGGUUAAAGGUCUACUAUUACAGUUCUCGACGAUGGCUACUGCAAUUCCGAAAAUAUCGCGACUGUCAUCAAGAAUUCUUCGAAUACUAGGAUGUAACCCCGGACCUAUGACACUGCAAGGGACAAAUACGUAUUUAAUCGGAACCGGCAAAAGGCGCAUUUUGUUAGACACUGGAGAUCCUAAUAUUCCAGAGUAUAUUGAAAAUUUGAAGUCAGUAUUAAACGAUGAGAAUGCACAUCUUGAACACAUUAUAAUUACACAUUGGCAUCAUGACCACAUUGGUGGAGUUGGUGAUGUAAUUAAGAACGUUAAAACUGACUGUAGAAUUUGGAAGCACAAAAGGUUGGAUGAACCUGAUGAUGCGUUGCCUAAUGACAUACCAAUAAAUUUCCUUAAAAAUGGAGAUGAGAUAUCAACUGAAGGUGCUACACUAAGGAUUAUGCACACUCCAGGUCAUACUACAGAUCAUAUUACAUUGGUACUGAAAGAAGAAAAUGCAUUAUUCAGUGGAGACUGUAUUCUGGGCGAAGGGACAGCAGUAUUCGAAGAUCUGUACGAUUACAUGGCUUCCCUUCAUUUGAUACUAAAAGAGAAGCCCAGUCUGAUCUAUCCUGGACAUGGGCCAGUAGUGGAUGAUCCUCUCACAAAAAUUGAAUUCUACAUAAAUCACAGAACUAAGAGAGAAAAUGAGAUUCUGGAAGUCAUGAGGAAUAAUACCACAAAAAAGUUCAGUGAAAUGGAUUUGGUAAAAAUUAUAUAUGUGGAAACACCUGAACACCUGCAUCCUGCAGCAGCUGUAAAUGUUGGUCACCACCUUCAGAAGUUGUUAAAAGAAGGGAAAGUUACAAAACAUGAAUCACUGUGGCAGUCUGCUGAAGUGAAAUCAUGCCUGUAAUUGCAAUGCUGGAAUUUUGCUUUCAGUACAAUAAUGGAAUAAUAAACAGAAACGAGGGAAGAAAACUGCUGUUAACUUGUAAUGCUGACACACACACACACACUGUUUGUGUGUGUGUGUGUGUGUGUGUGUGUGUGUGUGUGUGUGUGUGUGUGCAGAACCAGUUUGGAAGUCAUUUCGAAACAGUGUCUUAAGAUAUGGGAUGAAGUAACUAACUAACAUUUCAAUGAGCAGCUAUUUUAACAUUAAAAGCAAGAAUAUUGAAAUUAGAAGUAUUUAGACAGAGUGCUACAGAUUUCAGUUAAAUCCUGUAGUGAUGUAGGUAUUAAAAUAUUCCCAGCUACAAACUGAAAUAAGCAGAAUGUUCUAGAAAUAAGUUAAUAUUUAGCUUAUCAGUGACAAAAUGGCACUGUUAACAAGACACAUGCAUGUAAUAAUGGACAUUAACCUACUGUAGCUAUUUGAUUCUUUGAAUAUGGUGGAGGAUAUGUUGUGGUGCUAAUAUACAGUAUUUAAUGGCGGCAUGUGAGAGAGAUGUCCUUGGCAAACAUUCACAUGAUUGGUAGAAGCCAUUGUAUGAUUAAGAAUAUUGUCAGUCUGAAUUCAGAUGAAUUACUGUACUGUACCGUACAUGAAACUACAAAAUUUGAGAUGGCAGAUAUAAUUUUGAUGCAUAAUUUGUGGAUUUUUUUUUAAUGGACAAUUUAGUUAUUGCAAUAAAGCAGUUUAUGAGAUUGUAUAAAUGCUUUGCAACAAUCAUUCCUUCUUAUACUUCUAUUGCUCAUACUAUAAAUGGAUGCUUUAUAGUGCAAUAAAUACUAUUACAUGUUCUUAUUUGUAAUUGAUCGGAAGUGGAGUAAAAUUUAAAUUCAAAAAUAACAUGAUGUAUUGAUGAAAUCAAUAAAGCCAAAAUAAGCUUAUAUACUAAAAUAGAAUAUCAAA